UGAAAAGUAUGGAAUUUAUAUUGUUGAAAACGUGUGAAUUUAGUUUUCUUAAUACAUUGAGUAAUUUGUUGUGGCAUUCGGUAAACACAAAGUCUUACAAUAUUUCAAACAAAGGAACUUAUAACAUUUGGUUGAAUUAAAUAGAAAAGUAUUAUAUCAACCUCUGACAUUUCGCAACUGUUCUGAUCUAUUUCAUAGUAUGUACAACGAUCUUAUUGAUGAAUUCAAACAUGAGUGAUGAGUAAACACUGCGGGUUUACAACAAUGCAUCUAGCAGCAGCAACAAAACGCAAGAAAAUGGAUUUUCGCAAAGAAGCACAGCUGAAUAUUUGUAUUUUAAAUGGAAUUGCAGAACAUUUACUUGUCAAUAUUCUUCACUCUACUGCCUGACUAUUUGCUGCAUCUGUUUCGAAUGAUUGGAGUCAUGAGUUCACCAAUACACGAUCACUAUCGAUGCGCGUCAUCGCGCCGUCCCCAGUCGAAACCUUUGGUGAAUCUUCAGGAAUCUGAAAAAGCGCGAAUGAUGGAAAAAUCUGCAGAGGAGACGGGGAACACUGGAGGGGGACUCCUGGACACUUUGCAGCCAGAACCAUUGGUUGCGGCAAUGUACUCUCUACAGUUCGUGGCGGAUGUUGUCAACAGGGUGCAGUCGGCCCUGCAUCAGUGCACAACAUCCCAAAAGCCAACAAAAACCGCAUCAAUGACGGGCAUUGAGUUUGCUUCAAGUAGUGAGCCAUCGUUUUGCUACUUUUUUAUUGAUAUGCAACCGCAAUAUGAAUUUGAAUCAUGUCAGGAUCCCGACUCCGACUCCAACCUCAACCCCGACCUCAAAAACAUUUCUGAUAAACAAAGCACCGAUAACUCAACAGCUAAAACUUCUUUCUGCAAUCUGGAACGACAACGAAGUAUUUCUGAAUGUAGCGAUGAUAGUUUUAUCUGCUUUGAGGACGAUAGCAAUUCUGUCGAUUGCAGUACAUUCGAACAAGUCGAUGCAGAUUUCAAUUCCACGGACAACACGGAUGAUUGCAAGCUCGAUAGCCAAGAACUUCGCAAAAGGGUCCGCUUUAAUCUAAAACCAGAAAUUCACGUGAUGCACACAUGGGACUUUGCUUAUCGGGCGGCUCGAAAGGGAGAUUGGCAGGAGAUGGCUCGGGAUCGGGAUAGAUUUCAACAGAGAAUCAAACGGGUUGCACCAACGAUAAACACUAUUCUGAACUCCAACCAUAGAGAUAAAGUUUACAAAGAUCGCUUCUUAGACGUAAAUUAGUCGUAACGUUCUUUUAAUUACAAUAAUAAAUUCUUGUACAUACAAAA